CUGGGGGCUGAGCCCUCGGCAGCCCCACGGCCCGAGCCGCCAUGGAGGUGCCCCGGGUGCUGCUGGCUGCCGCUCUGCUCCCGCUGCUGCCCCUUGGCAGGGCAGCUGUGCCGCUGCCCACCCUGGCCCCACCGCUGAGCAUGGUGGUGGCCGGGCAGCGCCGGCAGCUGGUGGUCUGUGUGGUGAGCGACCUGGCCCCCAGCUCCGGCCAUGCUGUCUGGAUCUCCAGCGGGAAUGGCAGUGUCCUGCCGUCCUUUGCCUACGGGGCCUCUCAGGAGGAUGGUGGCACCGUCUGCUCUGUCUCCCUCCUUUCCAACGACCCCUUGGCCGAGGGAGAGCUCGCCUGCCACGUCGGGGCCAACAGGACCUCCCCAUCCCACAGCUCCAGCCCCAUCCGCAUCACGGGCAACGAGGAGGUGGCAGAGCUGUGUCCUUGCAGCACAGCCGUGCUCCCGGACCAUGCCUUGGCAGCUCUGCUCACGGCUGUUCGGGUGGUGCUGCUGAAGGUCGUGCUCUCAGAUGCCCUCCUCACCUCCAUCCUCCUCGCCCAGAGCUGAGGGCUUGGCAGAUGCCCACCCUGAGGGGCAAUCCGGGGCAGGUUUUGACGGACAUUUGCUGUUUGCUGCGGCUUCCUCUGCCUUUGCUGUGCAGGGACAUGUGGAGCUGGACAGCAAAGAGAAAAUAAAGAAAUAUGGACCUCUUUACAAAGCUUUCUCCGGGG